AUGGAUCUUGAUCUUGGAAUUUGCAGAGACCUUCACACCUUCAAUGGAAACCAAGCCAAAUGCAUUUACAUCAAAACCAAUUUUCUCGAAUGUCAAUCAACUGGCUACAUAAACUAUCUCCAACUCUUUUAUUGCAAUUCAAAUCAAACAAAUCUACAAUCCUACAUUCUCUUCUUCCUUUGGCUCUUAUUACUUUUCUACCUAUUAGGUGAUACAGCUUCAACUUACUUCUGUUCAUCCCUUAAAGGUUUAUCAAAAACCCUAAAUCUCUCCCCAACAGUUGCAGGCGUCACACUUCUCUCAUUAGGAAACGGCGCACCCGAUGUUUUCGCCAGCAUAGUCUCCUUCAUCGGGGACGACGCCGGCGCAAAUGAAGUCGGGAUCAAUAGUAUCCUCGGCGGAGCAUUCUUUGUCUCCACCGCUGUUGUGGGUAUAAUCUGUAUUUCUAUUGGGAAGAAUCAAGUGUCGAUUAACAGAAAUGGUUUCAUAAGAGAUGUUUUGUCUCUAAUGUUCUGUCUUUCCUGUUUAGCAACCAUUGUUUUUGUCGGGAAAUUGAAUUUGUUCGUUGCUGUUGGUUUCUUGUUUAUGUAUACCCUCUAUGUGUUUCUAGUCUCCGCAUCAGAAUUCUGCGACGGCGGCGGUGGAAGGAAGAAAUUGGUCUUGCCGGUAACAACCCAUUUAGAGACACCACUUCUAUUGCCGGCGAACAGUGUCUCCGAUGAAAAAUCCUCCACCGGCGGCGAGAAUAAAAAGUGGGUUAUGAUUCUAACACGAUUUAUAAUGUUACCCAUCGAUUUACCAAGAAGAUUAACGAUUCCUAAUGUGAAUGAAGAGAAUUGGUCGAAGCCAUUUGCAGUCAUUUCAGUUGGAUUAUCCCCUGUUUUCUUAGGUUUGAUAUGGAUAAUCCCAAAUGAAGAAAACCCAAAUCCAACUCCCCUGUUAUAUUUGGCGGCGGCCGGAGUUAUGACAGGAUCGGUGGCUUUCUUCACGACUAACCGAUCAAAACCGCCGGCGCCGGAAAAACGUGUGUUAAUCCCAUGGUUGGUAAGUGGGUUUGUGAUGAGUAUAGUUUGGAGUUAUCUAUUAGCUGAAGAACUUGUUUCUCUAUUACUUUCAUUAGGGCUUAUAAUAGGAAUCAGCCCUUCAAUUCUAGGGUUGACUGUCCUUGCUUGGGGUAAUUCAUUAGGUGAUAUAGUGGCAAAUUUGACAAUGGCUAGGAAUGAUGGGGUUAGUGGGGCACAAAUAGCUAUAACUGGAUGUUUUUGUGGGCCGAUUUUUAAUACUUUAGUUGGCUUGGGUUUGUCGUUUUCUGUUGCUUGUUGGAAGACUUAUCCGUUGAGAUAUCAGAUUCCAACGGCUAUGGAUUAUGAUGUUUAUGAGACUAUGGGUUUCAUGGCGGUUAGUUUGGUUUGGUCGUUGGUUGUGUUGCCUAUGACGGGAAUGAAGCUUGGGAGGGUUUAUGGUGGUGGUUUAUUGGUUGUAUAUUUGUGUUUUCUUUCUCUUAAAAUUGUUAGAGUUGUUGGUCUUAUUUAA